CGAGGGAGUCUGCCCCGCCCGGAGCCGGCGGCGCGAGCAGAAAUGAGCAGCAUGGACUCCUAUAAAGUGAUGCUGGAUGGGCCGGCGCCCUGGGGGUUCAGGCUGCAGGGGGGCAAGGACUUCAACAUGCCCCUCUCCAUCUCCAGGCUGACCCCUGGUGGCAAGGCAGCCCAGGCCGGCGUGGGAGUGGGCGACUGGGUGCUGAGCAUUGAUGGGGAGAACACCAGUAGCAUGACUCACAUCGAAGCGCAGAACAAGAUCCGCGCCUGCGGAGACCAGCUUUCCCUCAGCCUGAGCAGAGUCCAGUGCCUCCUGGGGAAGCCACACAAGGAGUCAUUCCCCUGCUCUCAGCCCCCGAAAUAUAACUUCGUUCCUAGCACCACCCUCAACAAAACGGCCCGGCCCUUUGGGGCCAGCCCCGCACCCAACUCGCUGCCUGGGCUGGUGACGAAACCUGUGACGUACACGGCCCCUGCCUGCACCCCCCAGCACAAUGGGUGCAGAACCUUGACAAGUCAGGUCGGUGCCGGCCCCAGCCCGCCAGAGGGGAAAACUCAGCCCCGUGGAGACCUGGGCCGCUCCUACAUGGAGGAUGAGCACGCUCUGCGGCUAAUGAGCCCCCCCACCGGCCUGCCCAAUGACUCCAGCAAAAAGCGGCUGAUUGAGGAUACGGAGGACUGGCAGCCUCGCACUGGCACAACCCAGUCCCGCUCCUUCCGCAUCCUGGCCCACCUCACGGGCACAGAGUUCAUGCAAGAUCCAGAUGAUGAGCAUGUUAGAAAAGCCAGCCAGGUGUCUGGGCUGGACCCGUCUGCGGUGGCGGCGCUGAAGGUGGAGCCUGAUCACGGUUCUGCAGCUCCCAGGCCCCUAGCUGCUCUGGGCCCUGCCAGCCGCCCCCCCUGGGCUGUGGAUCCUUCCUUUGCUGAGCGCUAUGCGCCCGACAAGACCAGCACCGUGCUGAGCAAACACAGCCAGCCGGCCAUGCCCACGCCCAUGCAGAACCGCAGCUCCAUCGUCCAGGCCGCGCAGCAGCCCUCUGAGGGCACCAGCAAAACCCCCAUCUGCUACCAGUGCAACAAGGUCAUCAGGGGACGCUACCUGGUGGCCCUGGGGCAUUACUACCACCCGGAGGAGUUCAUGUGCUGCCAGUGCAGGAAGGUGCUGGACGAGGGGGGCUUCUUUGAGGAGAAGGGCUCGGUCUUCUGCCCCAAGUGCUACGACAUGCGCUACGCCCCCAGCUGUGCCAAGUGCAAGAAGAAGAUUGGUGGGGAGAUCAUGCAUGCGCUGAAGAUGACGUGGCACGUGCAGUGCUUCACCUGCGCUGCCUGCAGAACUCCCAUCCGCAACCGCGCCUUCUACAUGGAGGAGGGGCAGCCCUACUGCGAGAGAGACUACGAGAAGAUGUUUGGCACAAAAUGCCGCGGCUGCGACUUCAAGAUCGAUGCUGGUGACCGGUUCCUGGAGGCGCUGGGAUUCAGCUGGCAUGACACCUGCUUCGUGUGUGCAAUCUGCCAGGUCAGCCUGGAAGGGAAGACGUUCUACUCCAAGAAGGACAAACCCCUCUGCAAGAGCCAUGCCUUCUCCCACGUGUAAGGGGAGGCUCCCGCUGCCACACUGCACCCGUUGGCCCUGCACACACCUGUCUCUGCCCCUUCUCUUGCUCCAUGGGGCCCCAGGGAGCAGGGGCUGGAGCUGCCACUCCCUGUGCCACUUCUGGCCUGGGCGGCGCCCUGCUCUGGCCUGCCUGGGUGGCAAAGCGGAGCCUGCUGCUCUCUUGCCCCUCAAUGGCCUGUCUUCUGUCUGGGCUGUUCUCUACCCCUCUGGUGUCUCACCUGGGCCCACAGGGGGACCAGGCAGUGCUGGGGCCACCUCUCCCCUCCCUUCUGUACCCACAGCCAACGGAGCCAGGCACCUCCCCUGGGGGCUGGACCUACCCCAUGCUGAGCCCAAGGGGGGGAGAGGCUUGCUGGAGCAGGGCUGCUCUGACCCUAUGGGGUGGCCAGCUGGAUCCACCCUUUUCCCCCUCCCCACGCCCCCAACAUGGGACUGGUGCCUCUCACCUGGCCAGGCUGCUAGCUGGCUGGAAGCUGUGGGGUGGGUGGGGGGAUCCUGUAGGGCUGCUCUGUUCCCCCUUAUCAGGGGCCCUGGCCUUGCUGCAAGCCCCUAGGCUUGCUGUGCAGGCAGCCCUUACUUCAUGGGCAGGGCACACGUACAGUCCCCGAGCCUAGGCCUGCCUGGUGCCUGCUCUUGGCUGUCCUGGAAGGAGCUAGUCCACGCCAGCCCCAUAGCUGCACUGGAUACUACUGGCCUUGUUCCCUGCCACCACGCAGCUGCUGUCCUGCCUGGGCUACACACUGGGCCUGGCCCCACAGCCCCCCGAGGGCUGCUGAGAGGUGGGGUGGGUCUCUGCCCCCGUGCUGUCUGGUGCCCCUGCACAAAGGCUUUUCCCGGCUCCCGGCCUUGCAGUGUCCCCAGGCGAGGCAGUAGCAGACUUGCUGCCCCUGUGGGACUGACCUGGACUCUGCAAACACGGAGGUGAGGGGGAAGCUGAAACCCGUGGGGAAGAGGAAGCCCCUCGCCGUGCCUGCAGAAGCUGCUACUUCACUGGUGGGGCAAGGAGCUGAGCCCUCUGUGAAGCCGGCAUCGACAGGACCUAGGAAAUGCAUUUGCUGGCAGCUUGGCUGCGUCACCCGGAGCUGCCCUGCCUGUAGGGGGCAGUACGUGGUGUAGCCACCGUGAUUUUAGUGCCUUAAUAAACACUUAUCUA